GGCUGCCGGGGGCCUGAGCCCCUCUGCCGGCUCUUAUUGCAUCGAGCCAACUUCUGCUGUCCCUUAUGAGAGCUUCGGUCUCAACCCAGAUGUUUUUCUUUCCUUCCUUGGUGCCAUAGUUAGUGCCAGACCAGGCUAGAAAGUGAAGGUGGAGGCAUCAUUCUGAAUAAACUUGACUUUUCUCCACAGCACUUCAGUUUCUUUGUUCCCCUUCCACGGAUGAGGUGUUUUAAGGACCAGGAAGAUCUCAUCUUGGAGUGUAUCUGUGGCCUGUGCUCUAAGCUUUCUCCUACAGUCUAGUAAUCUGGUACAAGUAGUCUAGGGAGACUUACAGAUUGUUAAAAUUUUUCUGGCUAGACUACUAAACUAAUAUUUUAAUGCCCUUAAAUCAUCUGAUCCCUGUAGGUCAGGAUCAGCAAGGGACAGCAUCCUAAUGCUCGUCUCAGUCCUUUUUGGUCAAAACAAUAUAAGACUUCAGUUUUCCUGGCUGUAAAGACAGGUUUCACCAUCGUGAUUGAUUUAAUAGCAGAGGAAAGCCUGGUCAACAAAACCUGGUUCUCCGAAAGGCUAAAUAGGCACCACCAAGCUCCUGUAAAUCCUGUUGGUGUACGUUUUACCAAAAAGUUUACAGAUAUUGGUGAGGGCCAGACUUGAACAAGGAACUCGCACUGGAAAGUAAACUCCCCAAACCAAAACACUGCUCUUUUCAUGUUGAGAACCGGGUUGUCUCUGUAGGGAAGGAAAUAUUUUAAAAAUUGCUGCAAAUUCUCAUAAAAAUUAAUAGUGUUUCUUUGGCUAUUUUCUCCACAGAAUCAGGUGCUGCUGUCUGUGAAUUUUUUUUAAAAGCGGCCUGUGGAAAAGGUGGCAUGUGCCCGUUCCGACACAUAAGUGGGGAAAAGACAGUUGUUUGCAAGCACUGGCUACGUGGACUGUGCAAAAAGGGAGACCAGUGCGAGUUUCUGCACGAGUAUGACAUGACCAAGAUGCCUGAGUGUUACUUCUACUCCAAAUUUGGGGAAUGCAGUAACAAAGAAUGUCCGUUCUUGCACAUUGACCCGGAGUCUAAGAUCAAAGACUGUCCCUGGUAUGACAGAGGCUUCUGUAAGCAUGGUCCCCUCUGCAGACACCGACACACUCGAAGAGUCAUUUGUGUGAAUUACCUAGUAGGAUUCUGUCCAGAGGGGCCUACCUGUAAAUUCAUGCACCCUCGGUUUGAACUGCCUAUGGGAACCACAGAGCAACCACCAUUGCCUCAACCGACACAAACACAGCAAAAGAGGACACCCCAAGUCAUUGGAGUCAUGCAGUCUCAAAACAACAACACUGGGAACAGAGGCCCCCGGCCACUGGAGCAGGUCACCUGUUACAAGUGUGGUGAAAAAGGUCAUUAUGCCAACAGAUGCACCAAAGGACAUCUGGCCUUUCUCAGUGGACAGUGAACGAACAGAGAGGAGAACGCAAGGGAGCUAUUAACGCUCAGAAAAGGUUUCUGCCCAGCACUAUUUCUUGAACUAUUGAUCAGGUUGUUUUUUUUUUUAAUGCCAUUACUGAAGAACUGGUCAGAGGCUGGCUGCUGCUAAGCAACAUUUUUGUAAUUGUCUACAACUUUUUUUAUGUUUUAACCUUUUUAAAGUAGAUUUUGGCCUCCGCCUACUUUCAUUGAGCCCUGCUGAAAGGUAGAUUGAAAUGCGGAUAGAUAUGCAAACCCCUCACCAUUGCAGCAUUCUACAUAAACACAUACUUACUCCA